GGAAGGCUGCAGCUUAGUGUGAAAGCGUCUAAACGUGCUCAGGUUUCUCCGUGAUACUAUCUUUCCUUUGGAUAGGUUGUUAAACUGGUCAUUUGGCGAAUACUUUUGCGAGAAACAUGUGUUGAUAUGUAUUUCAGGAUCAGGAGGGGAGUUUCAAAACGCGUUAGCGAUUAGAGCACAGUUCUUCAAAAGAGUUUGUGUUGACGACAUAUUCGUAAAGUAGGAGGUAUAUAUAAUCGUGUGUUCAACAACACCUUUUUUCUGGCGCUGCUUUUGGAACACAUAAUUGUGUAAAUCAGGAACUUGGAAGUUUGUUAAAAGUUACAUUGAUAACUGAUGCUUGAACAAACAGAGGACUACAGGCAGGAGUCAAAUUGAUAAUCUUCAGAUCUUGACAGAUCUUCAACUAUUAUGCAGUGUCAUGUGUCUUUGUUAUGUUUGAUUCAGCAAUUACACUCCUCGUACAAGCGUGAUUGGUGUUGAUGUCGUGUGAGAUAGAAGACACCUGUCGGUGAUUGACCUUAACCCGACUUAACUGGCUCCUGCAUAUAGCCUCCCCUUACUGGCUGGACCAAAUACCUUCCAGUUUGAUUGUUUCACUUUCGCUGCCGAUGAUAGGCCGACAUAUACGAGUACCUAUUUAAUACUUAAUCAAUCACUAUAAUUUGAUGAAAAGUUCUCCCUCGAUUGGAUGAAGGAAUAAUUUAUUGUCCUGCCACGAAGUUGGAGAGAUGUCAUUGGAGAUAACAUUAACACUGUUCUUGCAACGUGUUUUAACCACAGUCGUGUUAUGCCUUAUGAGAUGACUUCGGCAGAGAUUACUUGAACGUACAUCAUCAUUCCACUUCCCUUCAAUUUGACAUUAAAUACUUUUCAAUCUAGAAUUUGGAUUAAAAAAAUUUAGACUUACGUAGAGGAAACGACAGUUAAAUGCAUUGCAAAGAAUCGUCAACAGUUUCUUGUGACGUAGAUAAAAUGGCGGCGCCAUCUAGGUCCUGGGGCGACAUCAUUUUCGAAUUUACACAAAAUACAACGAUUCAUGGCAUUCGCUAUGUCUUUGACAGAGAUUCGGUUUCAAAGUUAAGAAGAAUUCUAUGGCUGAUGCUAUUCCUGGUGGCUGCUGGGUUUUUUUCGAAUCAAGUCAUAGACCGAGUGAUUCAUUACAUGUCGAGACCAGUCACAGUAAAGGUUGAGGUCAACUUUAACACAACGCUGAAAUUCCCCGCAGUUCUGCUUUGCAACCAAAACUCGUUCCGGAUCACCAAGGCUGACAGUCUUGGUUACAAACCCAUGUUGGAUGAGUUCUACGAGUUAGAGGAGGGGGACCCGAGGAGGCUGGACAUCCUGGUGAACCAUGGCAUGGCCAACAUGACAAUGGAGAAACUCUUGUUAGAUACGCAACACAGGAAGGAGGACAUGAUCGUUAAAUGCACAUGGAAAGGAAGAAGCUGUGGUUUGGAUAACUUUACCCAGGUCAUGACAGAUCGCGGUGUCUGCUUCGCCUUCAAUCACAAUCCGUUCGACAAACCUCUUGUUUUGGAUGAGUCGGGGGCAAACGCGGAGACAGCUCUUACGCUGUAUUUGAAUAUAGAACAGUACGAGAAUAUGAUUGGCCCAAACUUCGCUGCAGGAUUGAAAAUUCUCCUGUACGAUGACAAUGAUAUCCCCGUCCUGAAAGGUCAAGGUCAAGGAGUUGCUGCGGGAUCACAUACCUUUGCUGGAACUAGUGUCGUCGUGAUGCGACGACUUUCACAGCCAUACGGGAAUUGCACCACUGACCAAAAACUUGACUCUUACCCGAAAUACUCCGCCAGGGCCUGCCAUACAGAAUGUUUUACCAAGUUUUUCGUGAACCGCACAUCGUGCCGAAUGCCUUACAUGAAAGGAAAGGGUCCAGUAUGUACCCUCUACCAGUAUGCAGCAUUACACAGGAAGAUGCAGAUUGAAUUUGAUGUUGUCCAGGAGAUGAUAUGUGACUGUCGUCCUCCCUGCGAGACAAUCACCUUCAAACCAAGAUUCACUUACUUACAAGCGUCAGACUUUGACAUCGACAAGUUACUUAAAGAUGACAUAAAGAGGAGGCUGUCCAAGAAGCUGAUGGUAGCACGUGACACACUACGUGCGACUGAUCCAGAGUUCAAGAUCAGAGACGUUAAAAUCUUGAACGAUUUCGUCAACUACGGGAGAAAGAUGGAAAAACUUCUGUGGACGGAUCUGCCGGAUCUGUCCAAGAAACAGAAUGAUGCGACGAAGAUCAUACAGAAGAACAUCGCGAACAUAUUCAAAGGAAUCAGAGAAGUGUAUGAUUUCCAACGGUUCAUUGUCAGAAAGAACUUCUUCCGAUUCACGGAGUACAAUGAUGAAAUGUACUUUUCUGAGGUUUCGUCUAGUUAUUUGCAGUUUUUCACUCAUUUUGUUGCGCGUCUGAGGAAAUUGCAAGCGUUGUUUGACGAAGGGACUGUGGAUUUGAGGGAGCCAGAGCGACGGGUUCGCCUUGAAGCGCUUGAGGAGAUUCUAGAGGCGAAGUUGAAGGUGAUUGAACUGUGCUUUCACGCGCUCUAUCAGUGUGUUGACUCUUACAACAAUGGAACAAUGAUGUUCGAGACGCCAUACCGUUACCAGAACAGAUCUUGGGAUGCCCAUCUCAAGUUGAUACCAAAGAACAGAUUAUUCAAAGCAAUAGCUUCCGGUUUUAACGACUUUGGCAAUAUGCAAACCAGAGAUGGUCUCUACAUGACUCUGUUUGCAUUGAAGAGUUUUUACACCACUUUAAACAACACUGCUUUAAUGGCUUACAUGGGCGAGUUCAAGGAAUCACAAGUUGCAGAUCUGAGGCGAAGGUACAUUGGUCUUAUGGGGGACUUUUUGGGUAACAGGAGCGUUCUGAUGACUGAUAUCUUCUCUCAACCUCUGCGAGAGAUGAAUUCAUUCAUUCAAGAUCUGGACGACAUUUAUGAGAAAGUUGAUGAUGGUUUCGUUAAGAUUUAUGCAGAGCUCGAAAGCAUUAACAGAAUGUCUAGUAGAACUGUGAAAAAGCUUUGGCCGCCUUUGGGGAGAUUGAUAGAGCAGGCGGACGCCUACAGAAAGGACUCGAGUGAUAGUAAGAUGGACUUAGCCGCCGGUUUCAUUGAUCCGAAAACACGAGACACUACGCAGACGACAUAUGAAUACCUGGACGACGUGUUCAGCCAGGUGGACAAUAUUGUGUCAAAAUGGGAAUGGAUCCACGAACAGUUCAUGGAAAUCCUCAUGAAGGAGAAGGUAAUGAAAGAUCAGGAUACGAUGGUAUAUCGCCAGCACUUUGAACCGGGAUGGGUAAGCGAAGAAAGCUUUAGAAAUACCGAUGACGCCAGAGAAAUCGAUGAGGUGGUCAGCGUUUCCAAAUCCUGGUCAGCUCUUGGCCAGAAGAUCGAGGAUACCCAGGAACCAUUUAACGCUGCUUUCUACCAAGUGGUCAAUGACAUGAAGGAUUAUGUGGAUGGUAAUGCAAUUGAUGAAACGUUUUAUGAGGAGAACUUCAUUUCUCUUGUGAUCUACUUCGAAGCGAUGAACUACGAGUUGAUUGAACAACAGGCUUCUUAUACCGUCUAUGCCUUACUCAGUGACAUUGGUGGUUCGAUGGGUUUGUUCGUGGGCGGCAGUGUGAUCAGCCUCUUUGAGCUGAUUGACGUGUUCCUCUACAACCAGAUCUACAAAGGGGUGGAAGACAGCAAGCGCAGGAUCAAAAGGAAGUCCGUGAUCAGCACCGACGAUGAGAAGGAAAUUUCGCUUCAGAAGAAGGAAGGCGAGAAUGUUUAUAAUGACUUGGACAGUCAUAUAAGCCAUGGAGAGAUGCCAAGGGAUACAUGUGUGUGAGGACAGUAAGGAGGUGCUGGUCGCACUGAAUGUUUAGCAAUGGAAACAUCCCCUAUUCUUUCAUUGACCAGAGCCUCCUCUUCCUUACAUGUCCCGGUCAGUUUGGCCGUUCGGAAACAUCCAAAAGUUCUCUCAUUGACCAGGGCCUCCUUUUCCGUACAUGUCCCCUCCUUUGUUGGCCUUUUGAUAAUCCUGUAAUCUCUCAAAGAAAAUCACUGUAAAUCGUUAUCGUAUUGUUGUCCUAUGGGUCUUUGACAAAUAAACUAAUCAAAAUUCGAAUGUCAUGUUAUAUGUGAUGUAAGAACUGUCAUAUUGGGAUGGAUUUAUAACAGAGGACGUCACAAUCUAUUCACUUCAUGAUUGUCACAGGGGUAGCUGCCUCCAGCCAUGAAUACAAUGGUAU